AUGUCUACCAGCCAAGACCCUGAGCUUGCGAAGACUGACCUCAAGGUCACACAUUCAGCGUCUUCGGGAGACGCCGCACCUGCACCCAUCGAGGGCGAAUCCCAGCAUCUACCUAACUUCGAACACGAGAGGGCAUUGACAUGGAAGUUCGACCUCCGCAUCCUGCCCAUGUUAGCAUUGAUGUACUUGUUCAAUGCUUUGGACAAGGGCAAUCUAGGCAAUGCGAAGACUGAUGGCAUGGACAAAGACCUCGGCUUCAAAGGCAACCAGUACAACGUCAUGUUGUCGAUUUUCUACGUUCCGUACGUUAUCUUUGCGCCACCAAUUGGCAUGUUAGGGAAGAAGUACGGCCCCCACCGUGUCCUCCCCAUCAUGAUGUUCUGCUUUGGCAGUGCUACGCUUCUCGCAGCAUCAGUGCAGAACUGGAGCGGUAUGAUGGCACUUAGAUGGUUCCUAGGGAUGGCAGAAUCGGCUUUCUUCCCGUUAGUUAUCUACUACCUUACUACCUUCUACCGACGUGGCGAGCUCGCGCGUCGUCUGGCUCUGUUCUACGCUGCGUCCAACAUCGCCAAUGCUUUCUCCGGGCUGCUGGCUUUUGGUGUGUUCCAGAUUGAGUCGAAGCUCGACAGCUGGAGGUACCUUUUCAUCAUCGAAGGGAGCCUCACAGUCUGCUUCUCCUUCUUCGCAUACUGGUACCUUCCCGAAUCCGCCUACAAAGCCAAGUUUCUCACAGAGGCCGAGAAGCAACUCGCCUUCCAACGCAUCCAAAUCGACUCCUCCUCCGUCGUAAACGAGAAAUUUAACUUCAAGCAUGCCAUUGGCAUCUUCAAGCACCCCUCGACGUACGGCUUUCUGGUUAUCGAGAUGUGCCUCGGCGUCCCCUUGCAAUCCGUGUCACUCUUCCUCCCGCAAAUCGUCGGCCGCCUGGGCUACGACAAGAUCAAAACGAACCUUUACACCGUUGCACCCAACAUUGUGGGUGCAUGCGUGCUGCUCAUUCUGGCUUUCGCGUCCGACCACGUGCGCCUGCGCUUCCCCUUCAUCGCCCUCGGGUUCCUGCUCACGUUCAUCGGGUUCGUCAUCUACGCGACCAUCGACGUAGAGCACAGCCUCACGGUGGCGUAUUUUGCGUGCUUCAUGAUGACGUGGGGCACGUCCGCACCAUCUGUCUUGCUCUCGACGUGGUACAAUAACAACGUUGCGGACGAGAAUCAGCGCGUCACGCUCACGAGUAUUGGUGUCCCGUUGGCGAAUCUUAUGGGCGUCGUGAGUAGCAAUAUCUUUCGCGAGCAGGAUAAGCCCAAGUACAUUCCUGCGCUGGCGACGACGGCGGCAUUUGGCGCGACGGGGUGUGUGUGCGCGCUGUUGUUGGGAAUCUAUAUGGUGCUGGAUAAUGCGAGGCGGAAUCGCAAGCAGGGUGUUAGUCUUAGCGCGAGGGAUGUGAGUACGGCGAAGUUGAGGGAUGGACCGAAGAGUGCGGACUUCAGGUGGUUCUUAUAG